UCUUCUAUUUCCUGCUUUUCUUCUCGCUCACGUUCAUAUAGAACAGCACAGCCUGACUGCCUGAGGGUUUUUGUAGUUAGGGUUCUACACUCGAACAUCCGAGACGCAAAUCCUGUAUCCUAAUCAUGAGGCGUAUUUUGAGAAAUUCUUCAUUGUUUAAAGAUAAGUCGUUCAUCCGUUUAGUAGCAUUGGCUGCUGCGGGUUCAGGGGUCGCCUAUGGACUUGGUUCUGAUUGGUCCUCAAGAGUUUCCAUUCAGGCACUACCGCAUUACACAUUUUCUCCCAACUCUCUGUUUCCUUCCUUAGCUCCUUCAAGAUAUGUAAACGCUCCUUUAUCUUUUUCUAGCGUUAGCUCAGCGUCUGAAGCUGAUGUAAAUAAAGAAUCCCCAAAACCCUGCUGUGGGUGUUUGGGGCGGGAUACAAUUGCCAAUGCUGCUGCUAGAGUUGGUCCUGCUGUUGUCAAUCUUUCAGUUCCCAAAGGUUUCCAUGGAAUGACCGUGGGAAAGAGCAUUGGAUCUGGAACCAUAAUAGAUGGUGAUGGUACCAUAUUGACAUGUGCACACGUGGUGGUUGAUUUUCAAGGCUUUACAUCUUCAUCCAAAGGAAAGGUUGAUGUGACAUUACAAGAUGGGCGUAGUUUCGAAGGUACAGUGGUAAAUGCAGAUUUGCAUUCUGAUAUAGCUAUCGUCAAAAUAAAUUCUAAAACUCCUCUCCCUACUGCAAAGCUCGGGUCUUCAAGUUCACUGCGUCCUGGUGAUUGGGUUGUAGCCCUUGGAUGUCCCCUUUCCCUUCAAAACACAAUUACAGCUGGCAUUGUAAGUUGUGUUGAUCGUAAGAGUAGUGAUCUGGGUCUCGGAGGAAUGCGGAGAGAGUAUUUGCAGACUGAUUGUGCCAUCAACGCGGGUAAUUCUGGUGGACCACUUGUUAAUAUUGAUGGAGAAGUUAUAGGUGUUAACAUCAUGAAAGUGUUGGCAGCUGAUGGAUUGAGCUUUUCUGUCCCAAUCGAUUCGGUUUCCAAAAUCAUAGAGCAUUUCAAAACAAAGGGGAGAGUUGUGAGACCUUGGCUUGGUCUGAAAAUGCUUGAUCUGAAUGAUAUGAUUGUUGCUCAGCUUAAGGAAAAAGAUGUGAUGUUCCCUGAUGUUACCAAAGGUGUUCUUGUGCCUAUGGUAAGCCCAGGAUCCCCUGCUGAACGGGCUGGGUUUCAUCCGGGGGACGUGGUUGUUGAAUUUGAGGGGAAGCCUGUUGGAAGUAUAAAAGAGGUGAUUGAGAUUAUGGGGGAUAAAGUUGGAAAACCGAUAAAUGUUGUAGUAAAAAGAGCCAAAAACGCUAGUGUGACGUUGACUGUGAUACCAGAGGAAGCAAAUCCAGAUAUGUAGUCCACAUGAUCUGGUGACAUCUUUUUACUCGGGUGUGACUCCUAGUUAAAUUUUUUUUUAGGAAUCAGUGCCCUAGCUUUACCGUUUCGGGCCACAUUGGUUCGUAUAAAGGAACCUUUUCUUGUCUUAUUACACAUGAUGAUGAACAUGAACCUCAUAUAACUCUCAAAAGGUCUGCUUGCCAAAUCUAUAAGAUUAUUAAAAGAAAAUUGUUUUUGAAUUUUA